AUGAAAUCUAUCAACUGUCUCUACAUGCUUGGUCUCCUGGCAGGCUUUGCUAUUGCAGUUCCAACUGCCUCUGCCAACUCAAUUGCCCGAAGCAAGCAAUCGAGUGACGACUAUCCCAGCGCCGCAGACGCUCUCCAGUGGAUCAAGCGCAAUGAGAACGAGAAGGCUGAGGCUUUACAAUGGAUCAAGCGCGAUGAGAACGAGAAGGCUGAGGCUUUGCAAUGGAUUUGA